CAACUCAACCGCUUAACAGCAGUGAAUCGCCGGCCGUCGUCGAGAUUCAACGUUUCUUUACCAUUUUCUGUUCCAAGAUGCUGAAAGUGUGACGUACAUAACAAAAAGAUUGCAAAACACAAAACCAGUGGGUUUUUUGUAGUACUGUUUGCUGUUGAACGUUUCAAUGAUAAUCGAUUCGUCAUACUGAUUGGUUCAAUCCAAUGGAUGAUAUAAAAGAAUCACUUAUCCCCAACCUGCAUUUCGCCGAGGACGACGGCGAGGAGCUCAAAGAAGAGCUGGGAGCCGUCCUGAAGCCCACAAUCCCUUCCGCCCAUCAGCGCAUCUCGCAACUGCACGCCCUCGAAAACCUAGACCACGCCGAAGAGGAGGAAAAGCUGCACGAAAUCCGCUCCUCGAUGCGGCACCGGAAGGCAAAGAAGGAAACAGCCACCGUAGGAUUCGAGGAACACGACGGCCUUCGGAAACGAGGAAGCACCAAGCGGCGGUCCCUGAAAAGGUCUUCAGAUGUCCGCGCUGGGGAAGGCAGCAGUAACGGAGAGGACGGGGAAAAGUUUGCGGAAUCGUACAUGGUGAUGGAGUUCGGGGAGAGCGUCGAGACUGAAGCCGUGCUGUGGAUCUUGGACCGGGUCCGGGGGAAGAAGGUCGACGGAGGGGCCGAGUUGCUGGUCAGGAAGCAACCACUUUCCAAAGAAACGCAAUCGCUGGUGGUGCACGUGUCAGCGAAGCAAAUGAAAUUCCUCGAAAUUGCGGACGACAUGGGUUUCAUGAAGCGAACCAAGAGUGGGAUCAUUCGAAACUUCAAUGUUGCAUGUUUGGAUGAUUUCUUCCACGACGAGCACAUGUCCCUCGAAGACAUCCUUACCCCAGCCGAUCGUCAAAUCAUCAUCAAAUACGCUCUGGAGAACAUUCGAGCAACGGAGGACGAGCACACGAUCCCAGGAACCAAAAUUCGCCUGUACCAUGGUCAGUCGAUCAUACAGGCUGCUCAACACGCAGAACUGAUCACCAACUUCUACUCCCUGCACGAUAAACCGACGCUCAAGCGCCUGCGACACGUCUGGGUUAAACCAACCCAAAAACAACCGAUCGAGGAGAUCCGAGCGUACUUCGGCGAGAGCGUAGGAAUGUACUUCUCCUUCCUAGGUUUCUACACCUAUGCUCUGAUCGUUCCAACAGUACUGGGUCUGCUACAGAUGUUACUUUCGGAGGAAACCGAAACGGUGCCAUUCUUUUGCAUUUUCUACGUCGUUUGGAUGAAGGUGUUCCUGGAGCUGUGGAAGAGGAAAAGUUCGGGUCAUGCCUAUCGCUGGGGUACGAUAACGAUGACCAACCUGGAUGAACCCCGGAUUGGGUACUACGGAAAACUUGGACGGGAUCCAAUAACAGGGAAGUUAACUCCACAGUACCCGAAGUGGAAAACCUACGUGCAGAUGUACUUCGUGACGGCACCGAUUAUCAUGAUCUGCAUGUCGAUCGCCGGAUUCGUAACAAUCUUCCAGUUUUACGUUGAAGCUCAAUUGGCCGAGUCGUUCGGGGAGGAAUCCUACAUCAUGUACGUGCCUUCGAUCGUUAACGCCAUCUAUAUUGCCAUAUCGACGAUUGCCUACGACCGAUUGGCCACCUAUUUGACUGACAAGGAGAAUCAUCGGACUCAGAGUCAGUACGAGAGGCAUCGAGUCAACAAACUCAUUGUUUUGGAGUUCGUUAACAACUUCCUGUGUCUAUUCUACAUCGCGUUCUUUUUGCAGGACAUGAAAAUGCUCAAAACCCAACUGAUGAUGCAGCUGAUCGUUCUACAGUUUGUUCAAAACAUUCUGGAAAAUCUGUAUCCCUACCUCAAGAAGAAGGUAGCUCUGAUGUCCAACAAACUGUUCGUCAAAGCACAUUACGAACGUCUCCAGGAAGCCUAUGAAGAAUUCGAUCACGAAGGAAUCCUUUCGCUAGAAGACGACGACCAGAGGAUCGUACGACACACCAGGGAAUCUGUCAUGGAAGAGUACAACACCUACGAUGACUAUCUGGAGCUGUACAUACAGUUCGGUUACGUGGUUCUGUUCUCUUCGGUUGCUCCGAUGACGGCUUUCUGGGCCAUUCUCAACAACGUGAUCGAAAUUCGUCUGGACGCGUACAAACUGAGCCAUUUCUUCAAACGACCGUACGCUCGAAGGACCAAAAACAUCGGAGCCUGGCAGUUGGCCUUCGAAACGUUGGCCGUGAUAUCGAUCAUGACCAACUGCGGAAUCCUUUAUCUGUCACCGCAAAUGAGGGAAAUGGCUUCCGGGGUAAGCUCCGAGAUCUACACCAUAGCAUUUCUAGUCAUCGAACACGUCCUGCUGGGUCUGACCUGGUUUAUCUACAAAGCCAUCCCGGAUACGCCCCAAUGGGUUCGGGUAGCCCUUGCCAAAGCUGACUACGAAUCGCGACAAGCGCUGAAACGCGAGGACUAAAGAUCAUCCAGAGAAACUUACUGCAGAAUACAGACCCCAAAAAACACACAAAAAUACAAAACCAUCGUGCCUGCCAAAUUUACUUCAUUAGAUCAUCAACACAAAUCCAACAGUUGCCAUCCUUUUUAUUUCUUAGUUCUAGCUGAAACUAACAAGAAAAAUUCCGAUUAACCGUGUGGUUUUCCAAGUUCUACUAAUCACAAGUGAGUGAUUGACUAAACGAAAAAAGUCUUCGGUCAAAAUGUUACCCUUCAAAAAGUCGGUGUUUGUAUGUUAAAUGUGAAAAGUCAUUAUCAAAAAUAUUAAAAACAUUUCUUCAAAUAUAGAAAGCGAACUCAACGGAGUGUCCCAUCAAUGCCAAGAGAAGUAAAAAUUUUGACCGAUAGAUGAUUGAAGAUAGCUAAAUUGAAAUAAUAGUUUUGGUAAUUGACACCUUUAUUUUACUACGCGCUCGUCGAAACCGGAAAAUGAAGAACGCCCAACGAUCCCGAAAUUUGCUGUUCCGUCGUUUCCGAAGCGUGUUCGAUUCGCAUUCGGCGAUGCCAAUUUAAGGGCACGUAUCCGUCCAGGAGAGAUAGGAAAGCUGGAGCAAAAAAAAUCCUACAUCAAACUA